CAGGGUGCAUGGGUGCUGCCAAGAUGCUCCGAGGCCCCUGCUCCGCCUUCCUGCUCUGGGGGCUCCUGGGGGUCCUCCGUGCCCAGCAGCAGAUCAUCAGCCCCAGUGCCUCUGAGAGGAACAGCUGCCCAGAGAAGGCCGACUGCCCCAUCAACGUGUACUUCGUGCUGGACACCUCGGAGAGCGUCACCAUGCAGUCCCCCAUCGACAGCCUGCUCUACCACAUGAGACAGUUCGUGCGCCAGUUCAUCAGCCAGCUGCAGGACGAGACCUACCUGGAGCAGGUAGCCCUGAGCUGGCGCUACGGAGGCCUGCACUUCUCCGACGUGGUGAAGGUGUUCAGCCCGCCGGACAGCGACCGGGCCUCCUUCACCAAGAGCCUGGAGAACAUCGUUUCCAUCCGGAAGGGCACCUUCACCGACUGCGCGCUGGCCAACAUGACCCAGGAGAUCCGGCAGCUCAAGGGCAAGGGUGGGGUCCACUUCGCGGUGGUUAUCACCGACGGCUACGUCACUGGCAGCCCGUGCGGGGGCAUCAAGCUGCAGGCUGAGCGGGCCCGCGAGGAGGGCAUCCGGAUCUUCACCGUGGCCCCCGACCAGAACCCGAACGAGCAGGGUCUGCGGGACAUGGCCAGCAUGCCCCUUGAGCUCUACCGUAACAACUAUGCCACUGUGCGUCCCGACUUGGAGAUCGACCAAGACACCAUCAACCGCAUCAUCAAGGUCAUGAAACAUGAAGCCUAUGGAGAGUGCUACAAGGUGAGCUGUCUGGAGAUCCCCGGGCCCCCCGGCCCCAAGGGCUACCGCGGACAGAAGGUAAGCCGCCCAGACCGCCCACGGGGUCAGCUGCCAGGAAGCCCCGACCUCUCUUCAGCUCCAGAC